ACGCCAACUUCAAUCCUACGAGAGAUAAUGAGUCUAAGUUAACUAGCCAACUUGGGUUCAUGGUACGUAAUGGGAACAUUGUUUCUCUUACGUACGUUGAUUGGACCGAAGUGCCUAUUGAUGUUCUUGAGUCAAUAUGGGCGGAUGUUAAGGAUAAUUUACAAAUUUGUCCGGAGGGGUACAAACCACGUUGCUUGAAAAAGUGCAAUCACUUGUGGAAGGAUCACAAAAGCAAGAUCAAGAAUAAGUAUUUUAAGCCUAACAAGGAUCAUACUAAUAUCAAAGACAUGGUGCCUCCACAAAUUGUUCCAGAACAGUGGUAUGAUCUUGUUGAUUAUUGGAAGACUAAGAAAGUAGAGGUAUAUGAAAUAAGUUAAUUACAAAGCACGUAU